UUCGUAGAGUGUAGACGUGAAUUUUAUUGAACGUCGUCUCUGUCGUGUUGUUUUGUGUUGAUGGACUUUUACGAGCAAACCUCCUUUUCUUCGCGUGAAUUCAUCUGUGGUGCUAUACAGUGAUUAGUUGCUAUUGUUUGUCCGGCAGUAGUUGUGGCUCGCGUUAGUCCCGACCAGAAGGAAACGAAAUAAACAAAAGACGAUCAUGGCUUCCGGUGAUGUGGCGAGGUGUCGACACCUCUGCGCCGCCCUGUUGCUACUCAGUGUCGUUCUUCUCGUACCCGCCGAAUCGUCGAUGAAAAGCGUCGAACAACUCGUGAAAUCACGAAGACAUCGUGACGCAUCAUCGUCUGAAUACGACGUCGAGGCACUUCUGCGACAGGAAAUCACCAUCGCCGUCAAACGGGAUUCAUGUAGCAGUCUGUUUUGCGGUCGCGGUCGUGAAUGCCAGAUGAAUGCACAAGGACAUCCCGAAUGCGUCUGCGUCAGGAAAUGUCGCCGACACCACAAAUUAAUUUGCGGAACGGACGGCAUCCUUUAUUCCAGCCACUGCGAACUUCAUCGGGCCGCCUGUUUAUCCAAUCAGCCCAUCGCUAUCGAUCACACCUACCUCUGUCUACGUCGUAGAGAUGGAAACAAAAGCGGAGAUAGCAGCAGGACUGCCUCUUCUGAAGACGAUCGAAUCCAGCAGCAUCCAACUGCUGGCAAAGAUGACAGAAGCAGUUGGACAACGGCCACAGUCCAGUCGACUUUCUCAGUGGAGACAUCAGUGGCAGCGGCUGGAUCGGCUGACUCGUCUUCAUAUUCGAUGAUAUCCACAACGUUGGAGACGGGCGUCGAUGCCAAGAGCACCAGUCAGUCGGAUCUCGCAAUCGAUUCCUUUUUGACGCCAGCUUCGUCUUCGAUCUGCUCGCAACAAGAUUACGAAAUACUAAAGGAUAAUUUACUUCUAUAUAACCACGCUCGCCUAUCGUCCAUGGAAGAUGGACACAGCAAUGCCGGAAGCAAAGACUACCUGGUCAGUCUCAUGUUCAGCCACUACGAUCUCAACAAUAACGGAUUACUCGAAGCGGAAGAGUUGUCUAAGACGUUCGAGGAUGAACAUCUCUCGCAGCUGUCGAAAGAGUGUUCCCUGUCGGACAUGUUGGCCUACGACGACGUCGAUCACGACACGCAUCUCAAUCUCAACGAAUUCUACGCCGCCUUCAGCAAGCUUUACAGUGUCUCGGUGGUCUCGCUGGACAAAGCCCUGGAAUUGAAUCAAGUCUCAGCCAGAGUCGGCGACAACAUCGAGAUCAAGUGCGACGUGACUGGAUCGCCGACGCCUCCGAUCGUGUGGAGACGGCACGGCCUCGACCUGGCUCAGUUGGCCGAGGAUGAACUCAAAGUCUUCCCCGACGGAGCCCUUUACAUCAACAACGUCCGUCUCAUUCACGCCGGAAACUACACCUGCCACGCCCAGCGCAACAAAGACGUCGUCCAGACUCACGUUCUCCACGUGCACACUUUGCCCGAAGUUCGCGUGACACCAAGGAUACAAUCACGCCGGCCUGGGGAAGACAGUCUGAUGAAAUGCCAUGCUGUUGGGGUCCCUUUCCCAAAAGUGGAGUGGCUGAAGAAUGAUGAGCCUUUGCGGAGUAACGCGGGAGAGCGGAUCGAGUCGAUCGGAUCCUACAGCGGACUCAAGAUCCACUCGAUCAACUUUGCCGAUACGGGAGCCUACAUGUGCCAGGCGAGCAGCAUCGGAGGCUUGGCCCGCGACAUUUCUUCGCUUGUCGUCCAAGAUGACUCCACGCCCAGUAAGUUUAGUCUGCUGAGCGAGAGCAAUAAGAAGUUUUUCGUCUUUCAUGAUUGGGGAGUCUCAGUCUACGAGCCGCAAAACUGCCGGUUGCUGCACAUGAUCCAGUCGACAGACAUCAUGCCCGGAACACAAGACUACGUUUGCGGGGCCAAGGGAGUCAACUGCAGCUGGGGACGGGCCAUCGCCGUCGCGGAUCGCUACAUCUACGUCACACAACCCAACAAGGACAGAGUCCUCGUCAUCAGCAACAUACAAAUGGUCGUUGUCGAUGUCAUCAUGACCGAUCGAUAUCCAGUGGACAUCUUUUAUGUGGAACAUCUGGACCAAGUUUGGAUUGUCAAUUGGCGUGAUGAAGAGGAUCAUGGCGUCAAGACCAUCCAGGUGAUUCGUGAAGCCAGUCAGAAAAAGAAACAUCAUACUGUGCAUCCGGAGCCAAUCGACGGCCACUUUGAUCUGGUCUACUCGUUAUUCAUUCCGCCCAUGCAGGAGUAUGGCCAUCGUUACAAGUACGGUUACGUUUCACACACCAAUCAGCGUGGCCUCUAUAAACUGAGUCUGCCUGCAAUGAAGUAUGUGAAAGCUAUCGAUUUGGCUCCCUACAACUGUGUCCCUCGCUCUCUCCAGUACUCGUCGUUAUAUGGGCUAGUUAUAAUGGAGUGCGAAGAGCCCGUCACUCGACGUCCGACCGGACAAAUCGUCAUGGAUUACCUGACGGACACUGUUUUGAGCCACAAGGUAACUUUGCUCGGACAACCUUACAUCACGCCCGACAGCCGGAUCGUUGUGACGGUCCACCGUGAAAAGACCAGCGUUACCCUCAUUGUCCAGCACACCACAGAAGAAGGACUGAAAUUUGCCUUUGACGUGCGUACGACGUUGAACGUCAGCCACGUCAUCUUUCACCCGUCGACGACAUCGCACAGCUACGAUCUGUACGCAACUUCUGCCGACAAGGGUGACGUCCUCUUCCUCAACUUGGAAGCAGGAAAAGUUGAUAUCAUUACGGGAGUUGGUAAACCGUUGGACGGCCAUCUGGCCGAAUGGGGAGCUCCCAAUCGUCCUAUCGCAAGCGCCGGCCUUUUCGGCACAUACCUGAUUAGCCCAGCCAACGAAGCCAUUUUUGUCAUCAACGGUGACACGCGCACUGUCAACUGCGAGAUCGGCGGACUGGUCCACCCACGCCACGUUAGUUGGAUCAACUCUCGGCCGUGAGUUUAAUCCUUUUUUUUUUUCUCGGAAUCACGAAACUAGCAUCUGCAUAAAUUUGCCGCAAAAUGUAUGGCGUGCGCAUCACAAGUUGGUCGUUUAUUUGAAUAAGAAGAAGAAGAAGAAGAAAAAAAAGAAUACUUAUAUUGUAUACCCUCUCUAUUUCUCUUUGCUAUAUUAUGAAUUGAUCCCGUCUAUCAGAUAUUUAAAUUCUAAGUCAUUUUCUUUCUUGUGUGAACAAAGCUGAUUCUUUUCACGUCAUAUGAUUAUCACUUUGAUGUGUUGACCCAACCUGUAGAAAUUUUACGUUUUCUUUUUUCUUUUUCAAAAUAUUGAACUCAUCUUAUCCGACGGAGUUGCUUAUAAAGUUAUAUCAGUCAUGAAGUCUGCUGAUUGCCAUCGCAUCUCUCUCGUAGCACGGCUAUUCAAGUCCUACAUUCGUCAUUGCUAUACUCGACAAAUCGGUCACGCGUUUAUUACAAUUUUGUCUAGAUUGAAAAUGGAUUGGCAUUUUUGUUUGAAAUAAUACUAUAAGACCCUUGAUUGGUUAAUUAUCUUGUGUCCUUGCUGGACUUGACACUGACAUUCUGGAUCUCGUUCCAAUCCCGACUCUUUCACCCAUUUGUAAAACACAUCACUAUAAUUUGGUACUGCUAGUAAAA